UACCACUUGGCAAAACAUACGCACUACAGGAGAAGCAAUAAAACGAUAUCAAUAAGGAGACAAUCUAUCGGUGUUUAUCACAGUUUAUAUUAGGAUCGCCAAUCAAGAUCAUUUGACAAAAUUUCUGUGACACUUGCAAACGCGCAACAUGUUUAGUCUAGGCGAGAUUGGUGAGCAAUUGAAAGAUGUAAGCCGACAAUCAGUGGGAGUCUCAUUUGCCGGUCAGUCGCUCGUAUUGGACACCGCGGAUGAUGCUCUUCAAGUGGUGGAAGCGAUUAAAGCAUGUCCGUGCUUGGAAUAUUUGGAUUUGGAAGGAAACACAUUGGGUACACCAGCCGCAGAAGUUAUAGCGGAAGCAUUGAAAGAGAAAGGAACUCCAUUAAAGAGAGCUUUAUGGAAGGAUAUGUUCACUGGUCGUUUGAAAACAGAAAUCCCAAAAGCGUUGGAGUAUCUAGGAACGGCACUGUGCAUUGCUAGUAGUCAACUUACUGAACUUGAUUUGAGCGACAAUGCUUUUGGUCCAAUCGGUAUUGAAGGAUUAGCAAAUCUGUUGGCAUCAAGUCCAUGUUAUACACUUCAGCAGUUGAAAUUGAAUAACAACGGUCUUGGUAUAUCAGGUGGAAAAAUGUUAGCUAAAGCAUUGGAGAAAUGUUAUGAAAAUAGUUCUAACGAAGGCAUGCCACUUACACUGAAAGUUUUCAUCGUUGGUAGAAAUCGGUUAGAGAAUGAGGGCGCACAAGCAUUAGCAUCUGUAUUUGAAAGACUGAAAACAUUGGAGGAAGUUGUAAUGCAACAGAACGGUAUAUACCACAUGGGUAUCGCGGCGAUUGCGAAAGGUUUAUCUGCCAAUCCUAAUUUGCGAGUGUUAAAUUUGAACGAUAAUACGAUCGGAUUAAAAGGUGCCAAGGCUCUUGCUAAAGCCUUACCAAUAUUCCGGGGUUUGGAGGAAUUAAAUCUCGGAGAUUGUUUAUUAAAGACUAAAGGGGCUUUAGUUAUAGCAGAAGCGUUACAGAUCCAUGGCAAUCAUACAUCUCUUAGAAAUCUGGACUUGGGUAAUAAUGAACUACGCAUGGAUGCUGGAAAUGCUAUUGCUAAAGCCAUGCACGAUAAAACUCUUCUGACAAAUCUACAGUUGGAUGGUAAUUGCUUUGGAACGGAAGGACGCGAAAAACUUCGACAAAUUCUUACAAAAUUGAGAAAAAUUGAUGCAUUGAAUUCUUUGGAUGAGGAUUAUACUGAGGAUGAGGAGGAGGAAGACGAUAAUGAGGAUGAACAGAGUGAAGAAGACGAAAAUGAUAAUAAUGAAGAUGAAGUAAGUGACAAAGAUAACGAGGAACAAAAUAAUAUUGCACGAAGUACAGUAGUAACAGUGGCAGAAUUCAUGAAAUCACCAAUAGGUGAGAAAUUGCUGCUACUACAAGGCGAUGUUCAAACUUUUAUCGACUAUGUAACGAACUUAGCAAAUCAAAGCAAUAUAGUAGAACAGAAAUAUAUAGAAGAACUAUUACGGAUAACUAUGAAAGUAUCGGCAUUAUGUGACAGUGGUUACAUGAAUGUGAGAAUAAAAGCAGAAUCCUUGUCAGAUGCUUUAUACGCAAAACUAUUUUCUUAUGCUGUAGAGACUAAUCAAAUCUCAAAUUUCAAUAAUGCAUUACUAGUUAAUCUUGGUUUAAUAAAAAGUGAGGAUAAAACCAGUGGGAAAAUCGAUUGGAAUUUGGAAGGAUGUUUUAAGGCUUUGGAAAAAAUUGCUCAGAGAGAUUAUUUCUUAACACAAACAAGGAGUAUGUUGAAGGUAUUUCUAGAGAAACCAAUAAAGACUAGUCGCGCAAAUGUAAUUGAUCCAUUUCAAGAUUCUAAAACUGCUCUCAAAGCUGUUUUAGAUAGUAUUCAAGUUACGUAA